UGAAAAUUUUGAUUUUGGUACUCUUCUUUCAAUAAACUUUGAGUUUUCAGAUGAUGGAACUUUUGCCCUACGAUUGCUUUGCACACAUUUUAUCCUUCACUUCCCCUCAGGACUUGUGCAGGUCCUCUCUGGUCUCCUCCAUUGUGCAGUCAAUGGCAGAUUCAGAUGCUGUGUGGGAGAAGUUUUUGCCACCCAAUUAUCAUCAAAUUGUUUCUAGGUUUGUGUCUUCCUCACUAUCGUGUUCUUCAAAGAAACAACUGUUUUUCAUGUUAUGUAAUCCACGACCAAUUGACGACGGUAACAAGAUAUUCUCCAUUGAGAAGAGAAGUGGCAAAAUUUGUUACCUGUUGAGCGCAAGACAACUUUAUAUUGCAUGGGGAAACAGCCCUCUGUAUUGGUCCUGGAAACCCAUCCGAGGUUCAAGAUUCGAAGAAGCAGCUGAACUGAGAACCAUAAGCUGGCUGGAAAUAAAGGGAAGCAUAAACAGUGGAAUGUUAUCUCCCAAUACCUUGUACGGAGCGUACUUGAAAGUGAAAAUCGCGGAUCGUGCUUAUGGCUUAGACUUGUUACCAUCGGAGGUGUCGGUAGAAGUUGGCAAACAUAAAUCACAAGGAACCGUUUGCAUACGUUCAUGUCGAAAAACAGACACCAAAUGUUGUUUUCGUUUUCCUUCUAAGCUUGAAGACGAGGAAUGGUCGGAGAUUGAAUUGGGGAGUUUCUGCACCCAUUCAGACGAAGAGGUCAGAAUGUGCCUCAAGGAAGUCGAAGGUGUGCACCUGAAAGGUGGUCUCAUAGUUGAUGGAAUUGAAAUAAGGCCCAAACACUUGGAAACGGCCUCCGCUAAUGGGCCUAACUAGUUUACAUUUUUGUUUUUUUUUGUGCGUUGUGGGCCGAACGUGGCACUUGUUUUCUUUUGUUUUCCCGUGUAGCCCUAGCAUGCGCUCUCUUUAAAAUGCUCUUCUGCGGCUUCGCAAUUGCAAUUCUCAUAACGAAAAGUAACAAGGCAGCGCCGUGGUGGUGGGUACUUGCAUUGCUUAACGUUCAUUGUGGUUGUGUUCUUCUUCACUUUUAGUUUUUUUUUUUAGGUUGAUUUUAUUUGAUUUUGUGUUUGGUGCUAUUCUUCGAUUGGGUUCGAUUUGGUUCGUUCGCAGUGAUGAUAAAUGUGAAUCCCAGCUCAUUAUGAGACCUUUUUUAAGGUCUGGGAAUGUAAUUUUUUCCACAUCUAUCUGAGCUCUAUAACUAUAAUCUUGGCUUCAUGUGAUUAUUCAUGAUUUUCGAUAUCUGAAACAUUUACAAAAAUUUUACAUCUA